AUGAGUUCUUCAUCAUCGGCUUAUAAAACUGCUAUUAAACAACUUCUUGCUCGUAUUCAACUAAAUUCAAAUGAUACAAAUUCAAUCAAUCAAUUAAAUACAAUUAUCGAACAAUUUCUUCAAAGUUAUCGUCUCAAUGGUCUAUUAGCUGAAUGUUUACAAUUUUUAAUACAAAUUGUUAAACAAAUAAUUGAUCUUUAUCCAACAAUAAAUGAUUUUCGUCCAUUAAUAAUUCAAUGGUUAAAAUUUAAACGUGAUGUUGAAAAAAAAAAUAAAGAAUUUUUUGAAUCAAAACUUAAAUUACGUUCAUUCCUUGAUGUUGCUAUACCAUCAUCAUUUAAUCGUACAAGUACAAAAGCAAAAGAUUUUCUACUAUGCGAACUAUAUGAAUAUCGAAAUGCUAAUAUAAAAUCUACACAAAUGAUUGAUGAACGUCGCGCAUUAGUUCGAUCAUUAUAUGAACAAUUUUUUGGUGAUGGUUCAAAUCAUUUUUUAUGUGCACGAAUUUUACUUGAACAAAUUAAACUUGAUUUAGCAAGUGGAAAUACUUUAGAUACUGAUGAAUCAAAUAAUUUAGCAAAUCAUCUUCGUAAAUGUUCACCAACAGUUGAUGAUAUACAUGGUAUAGUACAACGUCUAUGGCUUUAUACAGAAUAUUAUUUAAUUAAAUUUCAAGUUUAUUAUUCAAAAUUAACGAAUGAUAUGUCUAAAAAAAUCAAACAAGACUAUGAAGAACAAAAAAGACAAGCAGCUGAAAAUAAUGCUAUUAAUCAACUUGAAACUUUUCAUGCCGAAUCAAUGACGAUGGAAGCUCAUAAAAGUAAAGAUUAUAAUUCAAUUUGUGAAAUAAAUAUGAAUUUUGAAUAA